AUGUUCAUCGAGGAUUUCAACAUCGAAUGUAAAAUCAACACUCACAGUAUAGAUGACAUCGAGAUAGACUCUGCAACUUUCAUGACCGUGUCAGAUUUAUUUUCCGCCGUUGCUACUGCACUGAAGAGCGUGAAGGGACAGGUAGUGUUGGAACUCUUGUGUGGGGAGCUAACACAGGAACUCUCGAAGAUGAGAUUCCUGGGAGACCAUACUCGACCUGCCAAAUUCCCCCGGUCUUUCACUAGAGCAUAUCUCAGCAAUAUUCCAGAUUACACUCAUGGCAUAAUUAAUACCAUUGUGUACGCUCUGCCAGCCGUUCAUUGUGGCGAGGAGUCUGCGGCUGCAGCAACGUCGUUGCUGAACACUGGUAUCUGGCAUGACGACGAGGAAUUUUGUUACACGUAUACGCUGCUUCGGUCCAAUGACAUACCUCGCUACUUGGGCUGUCGUUUAGUCAGCAAGGAAGCCAUUCACGGUAUGAUCAUCAUAGGCAACAAGCCGCUGCCGCGUCCAAUGUCUGAGCUUGCGACGCGCGAAGAGCUGCUCACUUGGCUGACGCGAGUGUUGAUCUAUACUGUUAUACCAGGCUCAGGUGGGACCACCAACUUCAGAGCACGACUUCCCAACAAUCUUGUCGCCUUUUUCGCACUCCUCGUGCACCUCCAUGCAGUUGGGUACCCAGCCCACUGGCUCUCCGACUUCCUGCAAUGUGUACUGGAUAACGACCUGACGACCAAUAUCGCGCCGUACUUGGGCAUAUGGCCUAUUCCUGUAUCAGACAUCGACAGUCGAGUGACCACUCGCAAGGUUCGUCUGGACCCUUGGCGAGCCGAAUUCGAAAACAUCAUGGCCUUGUCCUGCCGAGGGCUCCCAUUUUCAGUUUCGUUUCCAGCCGACUACUCGACGAGUCCUGCAGCGAUCGGCAUGUUCGCAGCAUCUGUGGUGUCAUCGUCACCCUUGAUGGGCACGUUGCUCAAUCCUGUGCCUGUCUUUGACCCCGGCGUCUGCCUUCUGUUUUACAAACCUGCGCGAAGAGCGUCGCCUGAGACACUGGUGUCUGCCAUUCUGUUAAUCUUCGAAGGGCAAAGAGAGCCUAUAAAAGAUGAGAUAUACAUUCUCACAGCGCAAGAGGAGUUUGACUUACCUCGUGGAAGAGUGCGAUGGAUGAUGAGCAAGGAGCGCAUUCGUACAAUGAAGAGCGAGAGAUGGGUCAUGCUCGCGUACCGGACAGAUAGCAGAGAACCCUUCACUUCCCCUGUCUCAGCCUCCGAAUGGGCUGAGGUUGCAUGA